AUGAAGCUCAACCUACCUGCUCUGGGCAGCAUGCUGCUUGCCGCACUCCCUGCAGUGCUCUCGGCUACCCUUGACAAGCGCGGCCCCGUUCCCUACAAAGUGCAGACUCCUCCCCUCGACACGGACUGGACGUACAAGGUCGGGACGGACCCCUGGCCGGAACACCCGCGGCCGCUGCUGCACCGCGACAAAUGGCAGAGCCUAAACGGGAUAUGGACGUACGAGAGCGCCGACGGCAGCCCCGCCGCCCAGGCGCUCAGCAACCCCCCCAGCCGCCAGCUCGGAAAAGAAAUUAUGAUCCCGUCCUGCGUCGAGAGCGGCCUCUCCGGCAUCCAGGAGUACCCCGUGACCAACAUGUGGUUCACCAGGACCUUCAAGGUGGCCGACUCGUGGAAGGGCCGGAACGUCCUGCUCAACUUUGAGGCCGUCGACUACGAAGCCACCGUCUUCCUCAACGGCGUUAAAGUCGGCCACAACGUCGGCGGCUACUUUCGCUUCACUCUCGACGUGACAAGCCAGAUACAAUACGGGCAAGACAACACACUGCUUGUGUUUGUCUACGAUCCGACCGAUCUGGAGAUGGGUCCCAUUGGCAAGCAAACAAGAAGACCCAGUCACAUCUUUUACAGAUCCUGCUCCGGCAUCUGGCAGACGGUCUGGCUGGAAAGUGUGCCCCAGAACCACAUCACCGGUCUCGACGUCAGUGCCGACAUGGAUGGCAACGUCGCUUGGACCGUUCACACCUCAGGGCACGAUGGGACAGGUGUCAAGCUCAACCUCUUCGACAAGCACGGCAAGCAGAUCGCUCUGUCGGUCGGCAGCUCCGACUCCGAAGUCAAGUUCCAGCUCGCCUCUCCCAAUCUCUGGUCGCCGUCCUCCCCGUAUCUCUACAACAUUACCGUCUCCAUGGGCGACGACACCAUCAGCAGCUACACCGCGUUCCGCAGCAUCUCGGUGGGUGAGGUCAAGGGCGUCAAGAGACCGCUCCUCAACGGCAAGUUCACCUUCUUGGUGGGCACCCUGGAUCAAGGAUACUGGCCCGACGGCUUGUACCUCCCUCCCAACCGAGAGGCGAUGGUGUACGACCUCAAGAUGCUCAAGAGUCUUGGCUUCAAUACCGUUCGCAAACAUAUCAAGGUAGAGCCGGAUCUCUUUUACCGUGCCUGCGAUGAAAUGGGCCUUGUUGUUAUUCAAGACAUGCCCAGCAUGUCUGCGGACGGUAGAAAGCCGAAUGCGGACCAGCAGGCAGAAUUUCGUCGCCAGUUGGGGGUCCUGAUCACAGAGCACAGAAACUAUCCAUCAAUCUUGAUCUGGGUCAUCUACAACGAAGGCUGGGCUCAACUCAACACACCGCCAUACCCCGAGGGCGAACUCACAGAUUUGGUCCGGAAGCUGGAUCCGACGCGGUUGAUCGAUUCAGUCACGGGAUGGAAUGACCAUGGCUUUGGUGACUUUUCGGACAAUCACCACUAUGCCAAUCCGCAAUGCGGCAGCCCCUUUUCCUCACUUCCGGGCGGCCCGUACGACUCGAGCAGAAUCGGCUUCCAGGGUGAAUUUGGCGGCGUUGGUCACAACGUCUCGGCCGAGCACCUUUGGAAGGUUCAAAGGGCGAUUGAUGAGAUAAAUCAGACCUACGAGAUGGACGAAAACUUGGAGGCGUACAACUACCGCACCGGGGUGCUCUUCCGGGAGCUGAAGGAGCAGAUUGAGAUGUACGCGUGCAGCGGCGCCAUCUAUACGCAAACGACGGACGUGGAGGGCGAGCUAAACGGCCUCUACACGUAUGACCGGCGUAUCCUGCGUCCAGACGUGAAGCAGUGGAAGCGGGAUAUCGGUCGUUUAUACUCGGCGGCACAGGGCCGCGGCGGUGCAUAA